AGUGUCCGUGCAGCUGUGACGUCAGGACGUUUUCAGCCUGCCUCCAGCGGCGUCGGUGUUGACAAAACGCCGAUAAAAUACUCACCGAAAGUUUCCAAUUCAUUCUGGACCUAGAUCACUGACGGACCACAGUCUGUGGGUGGUUCCCUGAAAGCAGAAUGUGGGCCAUUUGCAGCAGAACUAUGGUGAAGCUGGGGAUGACAAAACCCUGUGGCUUAAUGAAACCCUGUCAUCUGGUGAAGCCUGUAUCAGCAACCCGGGUCUCUGGCAGAUACCUAACCCAUCAGAAUGGACUGCCCAGUUUGCCUGUUCCCCCUCUGCAGCAGACCUGUGAGCGCUACAUCAGUGCCCUGGAACCCAUCAUAGAGGCGGAGGAGCUGAAGCACACCAAAGAGCUGGUGGAUGAGUUCCAGAAAGCAGGUGGGGUUGGAGAGAGACUUCAGAGGGGCCUGGAGAAGAGAGCAUCCAACUCUGAGAACUGGUUGUCAGAGUGGUGGGUACAGGUUGCUUACCUCGAGUACCGCUUGCCUGUGGUUGUUCAUUCAAGUCCAGGGUUGGUCUUGCCCCGCAUGAACUUCCGGGAUAAGCAAGGACAAAUAAGAUUUGCUGCCAAACUGAUAGCAGGUGUGCUGGACUUUAAGACAAUGAUUGACAAUGAGACACUACCAGUUGAAUACCUGGGAGGGAAGCCUCUGUGUAUGAAUCAGUACUAUGAAGUGCUGUCCUCCUGCCGGAUUCCGGGUCUGAAGAAGGACUCGGUAGUGAACCACGCCAAGAGCUCCAGGCCACCCAAACACAUUACUGUUGUACACAACUUUGAGUUCUUUGUGUUGGACGUGUACAACAGUGAUGGAACUCCACUUACAGCUGAUCAGCUCUGCAUUCAGCUGGAGAGGAUCUGCAGCUCCUCACAAACUAACAUCGAGCCUGUCGGCAUCCUCACCACCCAGCAUCGCGACUCCUGGGGCAAGUCCUAUGUCAGCCUCAUCAAGGAUAAGACUAACAAAGAGUCGGUGUCAGCGAUCCAGAGGAGCAUCUUCACCCUGUGUUUGGACGGAGCGAUGCCCCGAGUGUCAGAGGAGACGUACCGCAGCUGUGCUGCCGUCCAGAUGCUGCAUGGAGGAGGCAGCCAGUGGAACAGUGGAAACCGCUGGUUUGACAAGACACUGCAGUUUAUUGUUGGAGAGGAUGGGACAUGUGGUGCGAACUAUGAGCAUGCACCAGCUGAGGGCCCACCCAUAGUGGCCUUGAUCGACCAUGUUGUAGAAUACACGAGGAAGCCAGAGAUGGUGCGCUCUCCCAUGGUGCCUUUGCCCAUGCCCCAGAAACUGCACUUUACCAUCACGCCUGAGCUGAAGAAGGACAUCGAGGAAGCCAAGCACAACAUGAACACACUGGCCCAGGACUUGGACAUGAGGGUCAUUGUUUUUGGACACUUUGGGAAAAAUGUCCCAAAGGCCCACAAGAUGAGUCCUGAUGCUUUCAUACAAAUAGCACUACAACUGGCUUACUACAGGAUGUACCAGCGCUGCUGCGCCACAUAUGAAAGUGCCUCCCUGCGUAUGUUCAGGCUGGGCCGCACAGAUACAAUACGAUCUGCCUCAAGUGCCUCUGCUGCCUUUGUCAAGGCCUUCGACAAUUCAAGCAAACAGAACACAGAGAAGGUUGAUCUGAUGGUGAAAGCUGUAAGAGCACACAGGUCAUACACUAACAUGGCAGUCAGUGGCCAAGCCAUAGACAGACACCUCCUGGGCCUUAAGAUGGUGGCUGUUGAGAAAAAACUCUCGAUGCCUGAUAUCUUCACGGACACAGCCUACACCACAGCUUUAUGCUACCAGCUGUCUACGAGUCAGGUACCAUCCAAGACUGACUGUGUCAUGUGUUUCGGCCCGGUCGUACCUAAUGGAUACGGUGUGUGCUACAAUCCUAUGGAAGAUCACAUCAACUUUGCAGUGUCGUCUUUCAACAGCUGUGAAGAAACAAAUGCAGCACAUCUGGCUCAGGCCGUGAUGGAGGCACUGCUGGACAUGAGAACAGUGCUGGAACAAACCCCAAGAGCCAAACUGUGAAGCUCUUCUAGACUUUAAUACUCAUGAUGAAGUGAGUGCUACAGGGCUAGUGUCACUGACGACUCAACUCGUCACCCAUCACACAUAAUAGUAGUGGAUCCCACAGCUGGUGCGAGCUCCUGUUGAUAGUAUGAAGCAGCUUUUUAUUCACUCACCGUGUUGUUGAUCAUUAUCAUGCACUUCAAUGAUGCUGUUUAAAGACAGGGCAAUGCUGGUGCUCUAGUGUUACAAUGCACGUUGAAUUAAUAAUGAUGCAAAAACUCAACCACUUCAUUGUCAGAUUGUAACACUGAAAUAUCAACUGAAGUGACCUUGUUGUGGUGCCCUGGUAGCUCAAAGAAAUCCUACAGGAAUACAACAAUACAACAAAUCUUUCCUCAGUGACUUAACGUAAAUACACAAGUUUUAUUUACUCAAGUUAAUUAAACUUAAAUUGUUUUACUAAACCAAUUAAUAAACUAAUUUGUAAACUCAAAGUCUUUUGAUUUGAACUGACUGGUUAGAUGACUGUACAUGAAGGAAACAUGAUCAUCAUAUCACAUUAGCUGACUUCCCAGCAUGCAUUGUUUGAGAGCUGAAACUCUCCUGGGACCCUUCUGUCUCAUAGUUUGAAGAAAAGAUACAGAAGGGUCCAAAGGUCUGAGACAACUCAUCAAGAUACUUCUGUUUUGCAUUUGUUUCAGAUGUAAUUCUAGUUGUUUGAUCCCAAAGAAUAAUAUUAGUUUAACAGCUUGAGUGAAAAGCUGAAUGUAUUAAAAAAUAUCAGAGAAUGUAAGACUAUCUCUGUCUCUAACCUGCUGACUCAUGUUUGUCCCAUCAUGAUGUGACAGUGUUCCACAACACUGUCACAUUAGGGUUAGGGUCAGGACUCCUUGGUCUUCUUUGGUAGUUGGGUGAAAGCUUUGAGGUGUUAGGCAUUUUAUCCUGCCGCAGGAUGAAUCCUUCUCCACAAAGAUCAAACCAGAGGGCGACAAUUUUAGAGAUCUUUAAUGUGGCCUCAGACUUUUGGACCCCACUGUAUAUGGUGGAAAUGAGCGGGUCUUUAACAGUUUAUUAUUAGUCGUAGUUGUUUGUUUUUGCAAUAAUGAAGAUGAAUAUUGGUAAUGAAGCAAGUUUCUAUCUCCUGACACUUUUGAAAUGUUCCAUGGGAGCAGCUUUAAAUACUGAAAAUCAUCUUUUUACCGCUGUUAAAAAGCAGCUCAAACAGGAGCAGCUGUGAGGAUGAAAAACUGGCUCUUUUUUAAAUUGAGAAAAUGUAAAAAGAAAUCAGAUUUGUUGGUAAUUUUUGUCAGUGUGCCUGAGACCUCCACUGUUGUCAAAAAGUGAUUAAAAUCAGUACAUCAGGUUACAUUUUGAAUGUCAAA